GUGGCCAGACUGGUUCUGUUUGCCAAGUCCCAGCUGCCUGGUGUUGAGGUCCUCAUGAGCAAGAAGGAUAUCGCUGGUGCGUUUCGGCUGUUGUGGGUUGACCCCAAGGACGUGGAGCUGUUUGCGGGUGACCUCCCGUGGGCUCCGGAGGAGAUGGAGGAUGGUGAGGAUGUGGCCGGCGAGGGCAUGACCAUCGUCUAUUUGGUCAGCUCCUUCGGCUUUUCCGGCUCCCCGGAGAGUGGACAGUGUGGGGCAAGGCGGGACCUGUCUUGGUCCUUCGAGAGCCGCAUCUUGGUCGAUGACAACGUGCUGGUGGAGCCCCUGAUCGGCUUGAGGCCCUGGGUGGCGAGCGAGGUCUACGAGCUGGGGGUGAAGACGCUCCUGGGCGAUGCCGCUGUGAACCGGGAGAAGGAUUUGGUCGAAGGCCCUUUCCGGACCUUCCAGACUGUUUGGGGCCUGGACAUGGACACAGCCACGGAGGAAAUCCAUCUUCCGGAGCGGCGAAUCCAAAAGGGCGCAAACCUGUUGGCAGAGCCCACCUUCGAGUACGGCAACAAGGAUGUGACGGUGCGGGCCGUCCAGCGUUUUCGGGGAAUCGCCACGGGAUGGACGGUGAUCGUGCCGGGGCUCAAGAACGAGUUGAAGGCGGCGGACCGGUUCCUGGGGGGCGAGCGAGAUGGAGGUGCGCGGGUCCGGCCCAAGCUGAACGACGUGAACGACGAGGAGGAGCUCGAUGAGGCCUGGCGCGACCUAUGGGAGCUGUUCGAAGAGGCCCGAUGGCUGUGUGCGAGACCGGAGACAUGGCCACUCAAGUUUGGUGGGAGCAUGAGAGAGCUUCUGCCAAUCCGCGAGCGGUUGGCGCUGCCAGGGGAGUGGGAUGCCGGGACGGUUUUCGUCUCAUCGGACGCCACCAAGCUGAUGAUCGCGGCGGUGGAUUGGAACCACGGGCUAGUUAUGAGGAUGCCGGCCAAGGAUACGGCAGUCUGGGUCCAACGCUGCUCGGAUGAAGAGGACACCGCCAUUCACGUGGCGGAGAUGCUGUCCUUCCUCGCUUUCGCGUGCCAUGUCGGGGAAAACUGGCAGGGCCGGGUGGUGCUCUAUGGCGGCGAUAACCAAGUGGUGCGGCAAUGGAUUGGCACACGCAAGGCGGGCACGGCGGUGGGGCGCCUUAUGGUCCGCAUGCUGAACCUCGUGGAUGCGUGUUCCGAUGAGGAGUUUGAGGCUUUGAUCCAUGAGCGGAGCUGGAAGGUUGUGGAUGUUCGAGAAGCUUUGCGGCAGGCGGUCGCGGACUCGGAGCGGUUCGGACCUUGUCUUCUGGCGUGGGGACCAGAGGAUCGUGAUGUUCUCAUGCAGCUGAAAGAGAGGCGGCUUCACCGCGCGGUCCCGACUUCGUUGAGGCCGGCCUGGUCCGACUUCCACGCCGUGGAGUUGUGUGGGCCCGGUCGGGCCGUCGUGGACUUUGUGAACACAGUGGAGGCGGCUGGUGGGCGAGCAAGGCGGGCGGAGUGGACCGGACCGGUGUUGCCCGGCGAAGUCGUGCUGGCCUCGCUUCCACCGGAUGCUCAUGGGAAAAUUCUCCGGCGGGUCACGGAGGCGGCAAUCAAUGGGCCCGCGCUCCUCAUCGUGCUGGAGGGCCCUAAGGCGGCGAACUGGGAGCUGGCGCAAAGUUGCUUAACGGCGGCAUCGUGGUUCUCAGAACUGGGCGAGUUCCUCACCACUGAGUUUGGAGAGCUGGCGGUGAGGCGCCGGGUCUGUUUGGUAGGGGCGCCGCAUCGUCCGGUGGAGGGUGCCCUCCACUCGACAACGUCACGGGGCAUUCUCGCCCACCCAAUGGGGUCGGUCAUCGAGCCAACAAGAAAGGUGCAGCAAGAGGACUGGAUCUACCCGGAGCAGGUCAUCCUGGACUCGGGCAUUCCACGAGAACCGUUGCUGCCGUUGCUAAAGGGCCAUUUCUGGAUUAAAGGAGAGCGGCACAACUUGCAUAGCACGGGAGGCCCGCUUCGGUGGCCCUUGAGGAGUGGCGAGGGCGUUGAAGAUUGUGUCGUGUGGGACCCUCGGGGCCCGCCUGGCGCGGUCCGGCGCCUUACAGAGGAGGAGAUCUGGCGAUGCCAAGGACGCGAUGCGGCCCAAUGGGCCGAGUUGGGUUCCAAAGGACUUUCCCCGCAGGAGAGGCUCGUCGAGGGCGGCAAGGCGACCGGAGUGCAAACCGCGGCC